UUCGGUGGUGAUCAAAUGGCUUCUUCGGUUCAGUGGUGAAGUGUUGGGGUUUCUGUGCUCGGGGUUGUAUAAUCGGCCAUGGCUGCGGUUGCGGAGAGCUCGAUCGGAGCAGACGAUCAGUUCAUCCACCGCAAGGCCCCCCCUUCCAAUCAGGAGAUGGAGUAUCAGAGAGAUGUGAGGAAGCUGGUAGACCUUCUUUCGAAAUUGAAUCCAUCGGCUAAGGAGUUCUUCCCCUCGUCUUACUUGAUCACCCGCCCAAAACCUGAUGCCCGGCUCUCCGCCGAUGCGCCGGUCUUCAUCGCUUCGAUCGAUUACUAUAAUAGCAACAAUGGGUAUAGUAGUAAGGAUUCUAGCAGUGAUGGAUCUCCCAGUAAUCAGCCGUUUAAUCGGAGGAGGAGGAAUGUAUAUAGCCAAGGGAGGAGGAUGAAUGAAAGGGUGAGAAGAGCUGAGAGGGAUGAAAGCAUCAGGCGAACAGUCUAUGUUUCUGAUAUAGAUCUCAAUGUGACAGAAGAGCGGCUUGCUGAACUAUUUGCUGGUUGUGGUCAAGUAGUUGACUGUCGGAUCUGUGGUGACCCCCAUUCGAUUCUCCGCUUCGCAUUUGUGGAGUUUGCUGAUGAGGAGGGUGCUAGAGCAGCUCUGAAUAUUGGUGGAACAAUGCUAGGCUACUAUCCUGUCAAAGUUCUACCGUCAAAGACUGCAAUUUUGCCUGUGAAUCCAAAAUUUCUUCCUAGGUCCAACGAUGAAAGGGAAAUGGUUGUGAGGACUGUAUAUUGUACAAACAUAGAUAAAAAGGUUACACAGUCAGAAGUGAAGCGUUUUUUUGAACAUGUCUGCUGUGGAGAGGUUUCUCGUCUAAGACUACUUGGGGAUAAUGUGCAUUCAACUAGGAUAGCCUUUGUUGAGUUCGUUCGGGCUGAGUGUGCCAUUCUAGCUCUGAACUGUAGUGGCAUGCCUCUUGGUUCUCUUCCAAUCAGGGUUAGUCCAUCGAAGACUCCGGUGAGGCCUCGCAUACCUCGCGCAGCGUCGUCGCAUUGAUGUAAGUCACUGUAAAGGCUGGAUCGAUCUAAGUGUUCAACAGGGGGGGGGUAUAAUUUUCAUGGAGAGCUGAUGAAAUAUAUGGCAUCUGCUUAAAACUUUUUAUCCGAACAUGAUCAUCUUCCAGUUUUUAUUGUUUUUUCUGCAUUGAGCUGAGACUUCUGUAGGCUUUUGUAGAGUCACAAAAACCAAGGUUUUUGGUUAGAAAUUA